UUUGGUAUAAAAGCGCCCGGUGAAUGUAGCAAAAUGCACAGUGUUUGAACAGUCCUAGAUCAGUCUAGGAGGUUGAAGUCAGUUUUGUGAAUUGAGGUGAAAUACAUAGAAAUUUUCAAUUAUGAAGUGCUUGUUGAUUGCUCUGGUCACCAUUGCGGUGGUGCAGGCUAACGUCAUCUCCACCCAGUACCAUGCUCAAGAUGGCCACAAUGGAUACAGUUAUGGAUAUUCGUAUCCGAAUACCGAGAAGGAAGAGACAGCUUCUCAUGAUCGCGUUAAGGGAGAUUACAAGAUCUCUGGCAAACAUGGAGAUUUCCACAGUGAAGUGAGCUAUGAUUUUCCUCAGGAACAUCACGAGCAUCAUCAUCACCAUGAAGAUUCUCAUGGAUUCCAUCAUGAGCAUGCUAAACCCUUUUCUUACUCCUUCGUAUCCGUUCAUCCAGAACAGCAUCAUCAUCAUCAGCUUCAUCAGCAUCACCAAGAACAGCACCAGCAGAAUCACUACAACUCCCAUCAUCUAUACAAGCGAUCCCUGUGGCACCACAACAAUAACCAUCAGCAGCAUUUGACUCACAAUGAGCCAUCCCAUCAUUUCACCCAUGAGGAACAUCAACACAAGUGGACUGGCCCCAUUCAUGUUCCUGUGAUCAAGAAUGGCGUGCCCACUGAGAGCCCAGAAGUUCAGGCUGCUAGGCAUAACCAUGUCCAGAAACUGGUAGAGGCUCGUCAGCACUCCAGCCACGCUGAACAUGCUCAUGGAUGGGAAGACAACCAUCAGCAACAUCAUGACAGUCAUUUCUCUUCCCAUUUUCAACAUCAUCAUGAACCUAAAUGGACUGGUCCCGUUCAUGUCCCAGUCAUUGAGCAUGGAGUUCCAACUGAGACCCCUGAAGUGAAGCAUGCUAAGGUGAGCUUUUACACAAAGCUCGCUGAAGCUAAGCUCCACUCCGCUCACUCUGGACAUUCCGACUAUGACCACCAUCACGGUUCCGACUACGAUGAUCAUCAUCAAACCCGUUGGACCGGACCCAUCCACGUUCCAGUGAUUGAGCAUGGUGUUCCCACUGAGACACCCGAAGUUCGUCAUGCUAAGGCUCAUCUCGCAGCCAAGCAUGCUCAGGCUCAUCAUUCUGGACAUAACCACUAUGAAGGAAAUCACUACGCCCAACACUACGACCAUCACGACAACAAUGAGGCUCACUGGACCGGUCCUACUCACAAUCCAGUUAUUGUUCAUGGAGUGCCCACUGAAACUCCAGAGGUGCGUCAUGCUAAGGCCCACCUUGCAGCUAAACACGCUGAACAUCAAAAACACGCCGUUCACUCAUACGGAACCUGGGACCAAGACAACCACUACGCUCACGACUACCAUCAUUCCAACGAACACCGCUGGACCGGACCUAUCCAUGUUCCAGUAAUUAAGCACGGUGUUCCUACUGAAACCCCUGAAGUUCGCCACGCUAAGGCUCAUCUCUUCAACAAGCACGCCGAGGCCAAGAGUCAUCCUGACUAUCAUUCUCAUGAUGACAAAUACAACAACGACCACCACCACGCCUACGCACAGGCCAGCCAUGAAGUAGGAUGGCACCAGAGCCAUAAGCACUAUUAAGACGAACUUGCACUCCUGUUGGGGAAAUGUAUUUUCACCUCAAUUUCCUACACAACAACUUCAUCAUUCACUGUCCUAUCAUGUUCCCCAUUUGGCAUUCCGAUCUGGAAGUCAGUGUCAAUUGGGAAAGAUGAUAUUUGAGGAUUUUCCGGAAAAUUACUCUCACCAAAUUUAAGAUGACCAAAGCAAAAACCCGGACUAUGUUAGAAUUAAGUAAAUGAAGUUCAGGAAGUAUUCAUCGCAGAUUUGAAAUAUCUCUUGGAAGAAAACUACCUGCACCAAAUACUGUGAACAUACCAAAAUCGAGCAAUAAAGAUAGAAUUCUAUAUAAA